AUGCUGAUAGAUCACGCGUAUCCUAAGAUCGACAGAAAUAUAAAGGAUGAUUUAUUGGUGCAAUCACAUAUGAACAAGAUUACAAUUACACAGCUUGUGAAAUAUCAUCUGAACCACCCUGAACCGAAAGUUGAUGUUGCAUUCUUUGGGGCUAUAAAAGAUGCUAACUAUGCUGAUCCAGAUCCAGUUGAACACCAGAACUGGAGGAAUGAAGCUGAGAUGAAAGAAGCGGCAUAUGCUGAAGAGUUGAAAGUUCUUGCAGAGUUCAAAAAUACAAAGAAUGAGUGGUAUGUGAAAGAAACUGGGAGAAGACGCAGAAAGGCGACUCCUAUAGUUCAACAGGGUGAAGGAUCGUCAUCAAAACCUAGAAAGAAGCAAAAGAAAGCAGCAACAAUAUCUUUGAUUGAUGAAUCAGAAGAAGAUAAUCCGGUGGUUACUGCAGAAAAGGAACAAGUGGCAGCUACUGAAGAUGAUCCAUUUAAUACUGAUGUUUUAUUUGAUACAGAUGUCUUGGAAACAGGGCCAGAAAUUGUUGCUGAUGUUAAUAAAGUGGUAAAUGUUGAAAGUCAGAAAGAGAAAGAGAAGAUUGUUGAAGAUAUUGAGGGUGAUGAUGUAGAUAAGAGUACAACAAGUUCAUCAAGUUCUUCAGAUGAUGGUAUUGACGAGAUUGAAAGUCGAAAAAGAAUUCAAGAGGAGAUAGAAACAGAGAAGCUGUUAAGAAAGAGAAAGAGACAGGAAAAGGACGAUGAUGAUGUUUAUGUGCCUUCUUCAGAACAUGUCUUAGGAUCACAAUCUUCUCCAAGAGUUAGAAAGAAAGCUGGAGGUCGAAAGAAAGUAGUUUCUCCAAAGAUUGUCAAAGCUACACCAAAGAUCAAAGAUAAUCUUUUAGAUGUUGGAGAUUUUGAUUUUGCCAACACUUCACAAGUCAGAAAUGUUGAAAACAAAGUUGAAGAAGUUGUUGCUGAGAACAAGAGGCUAGCAGUUGAAAACAAGAAAGUGUCUGAUAGGGAGAAAGCUUUAGAAAUGCGUGUGAAGAAGCUGGAGAUUGAAAACAAAGAGUUGGUGAAAAAGAUUGACUCUGAACAAUCAGAAAUUGAUAUCUUGAAGGUUAAAGUUGCUGAACUUGAAGAAGAAAAGGCUAGACGUGAUGAACAGAAUGAAUACUUUAAGUUGAAGAACAAAGAAUUUGAUGCAGCUAAGGCAUUAAGAGAUCACGAGUUCUAUAUGCUGAACAAAGUUGUCGAAAGCAUGCUCGGAACAUCGGUAGAUCAAAAGUUUGAAGAGUUGCAGGUUGAAGAGCUCAGAGCUGAACGUCAAGCCAAAAUAGACGAGCAAAUGAAAGACAAAGGCAAAGGAGUUGAAGGAAGUUCAGCUGUGACUGAAAGAUCGAUUGUUCCUCCAAUGGUUGUUGAUAAUCCUGAGCCUAUCACUGCAAUAUCUGGUUUGUUUGAGGAGGAAACACAUCUUGAAGAGUUGAUGGGUAACAGUGAUGAUGAAGAUGAUGAAAAGGAGGAUGAAAAGGAAGAUGGGUAA